AUCUGCGUGUCUGCCUGUCUAUCUGUCUGCCUGUCUCUGUUUGCAUUCAAAUCCUCUCUCUCUCUGCUGGGGUUGAUCGGUCAGCCAAGGGCCAUAGGUGGGAACUCCUCCACCAGAGUGUAUGGACGCUGCAACAUAGACAUGUAUGCCCAUCGGGAGAUACGGAUGCCCAUCCGUGCUCAACACACUCCCUCACCGUAUCUCCCAGCCGCCGCACACCAUUGGGCGCCAGAAGGCAGUCAGAGGGAUUCUCAGGCAGGCUGAGCUUCAGCAGACUGAGCGAUGGAUGAGUGCCCGCCCGCCCUAGGAAGGUCUGAAACCGUUUCUUGUUUGCACUCGUCAUGAGCACAAUUCCUGCUGACUAAGUUUGUACACUCAUUCACAGAUAGAAUGUCAGAUGAAUAAGUCUCGGGCUGCAGCCCCAUCGCUCACCUGUAUGAGACACAUGACUUGGUGGGCUCCGCUGCCUGGCGGGAAGCUGGAGUGCAGGGUCGCGGUUGUGGAGAGGUGAGGGAGCAAACGGGCCUGGGCGUUGAUCGGGCCGCCUGAAAUUCUUUCCCUUUUCGCCAUGCAAUCCCGAGUCAUCUGUUGCAGCUGGGGCCAGGCCUGGAGCAGCUCGAAAUAGAGGAGU